GGCCGCUCGUUGGCGGACUUCCGGCGGAGCGGGCGGGAGGUUGUGGCGAGAGAGUUUCAGUGGAGAGGGCUUGGGUGGCGGCGGCGUAAUGACCACGCUCCGGGCCUUCACAUGCGAUGACCUGUUCCGCUUCAAUAAUAUUAACUUGGAUCCACUUACGGAAACUGGUGGCAUUGGCCUUCCUGUCUCAGAUGGCUGCCAGAGCAAAUGGCAUCACAUCCAUGUUCCUGCAGGAGGAUUAACAGAAGGGAAGUACCUUGCCCACUGGCCAGAGUAUUUCAUCGUUGCAGAGGCUCCUGGUGGAGAGUUGAUGGGUUAUAUUAUGGGUAAAGCAGAAGGCUCAGUCGCUAGGGAAGAAUGGCAUGGGCAUGUCACAGCUUUGUCUGUUGCCCCAGAAUUUCGACGCCUUGGUUUGGCUGCUAAACUUAUGGAGUUAUUAGAGGAGAUUUCAGAAAGAAAAGGUGGAUUUUUUGUUGAUCUCUUUGUAAGAGUAUCUAAUCAAGUUGCAGUCAACAUGUACAAGCAGUUGGGCUACAGCGUAUACCGGACGGUCAUAGAGUACUAUUCAGCCAGCAAUGGGGAGCCUGACGAGGAUGCUUACGAUAUGAGGAAAGCACUUUCCAGAGACACUGAGAAGAAAUCCAUUAUACCAUUACCUCAUCCUGUGAGGCCUGAAGACAUUGAAUAACCAUGGGCAGUGGUUCUUAGGCUGAUGCUCCAGAUAUUUUAUGGACAAUAUUAUUUUCAUUGGAUGAUCUUGGAGUUCUAUUAGAGAAAAGUAAUCAUUUAGGUCUUAAAGACUUCAAGAAAAUUUAGGUUAUGAACUUAUUUUAAAUCUCAUUGUUUCUAGUUAGUAAUAUCAUAUCUACUAAAGCUGUCCACUGUAAUAAAAUUCAAUCAGAAAGGCAGCUACGUCAGAAGGAAACAUUCCACUAUCAUGGUUCAUAAUAUUCACUAUAUGCUAGGAAAAAACUUGCUCCAAUCCUCCUAAUUUCUGUGCCUGAGAACCACUGCUGCUUAUAUAUUUUUUUAUUUUGUAUUGAACUAUUAAUUGAAGCUUUAAAAGUAUAUAUGAAAUGUAUAAAUCUAAGAUGUAUAAUAAAAUGCACUGUUGACUCAA